UUAAAAAAAAAAAAAAAUCGGUUUCUUCGUUACUCAGUUUUCACUCUCUAGAAGCAAAGACGAAGGAAAAAAAUAAAAAUAAAAAAUACCACUCCCGUUUCUAUCUGAAAAUCCUCUUCUCAAGCAACACUGGAAACUUGAAAAGUCGAGAAGAAAAAAAAAACUCAAUAUCAGAUGAUUAUUUGAAACGAAAUUUUAGGGUUUCCUUUUUUUUAGGCUUUGAUAAAAAUGAACUCUAGCAACAGCAACAACGGCGAAAGCAACAACGGGAAGAGCAGCAGUUUCGAUAGCCUAAACCAAGAUCUCGGCUUAUACUUCUUGGAGCUGGCUCGGCUCGGCUCGUCUAAGGCGCCGACGGAUAUGGAGGAGGAUGAGGAGGAGGCUCCGAAAGAGCUCAACACGAUCAAUAGUUCGGGAGGGUUUUUGGUGGUGGCGCCUGAUAAGUUGUCGGUGAAGUAUCCGACUAUUAACCUCCAUGGCCAUGACGUCGGUGUGAUUCAAGCCGAUAAGCCGGUUCCAGUGAAGCGUCUGCUUUAUUACUUUGAGAUUUAUGUGAAGAACGCCGGGGCUAAGGGACAGAUUGCUAUUGGAUUCACCAAUGAAGGCUUCAAGAUGCGAAGGCAGCCUGGGUGGGAAGUAAACAGUUGUGGGUAUCAUGGGGAUGAUGGAUUUCUAUACCAUGGACAAGGAAAGGGAGAUGCUUUUGGUCCAACAUAUACAGCUGGAGAUACAGUUGGUGGUGGCAUAAACUAUGCUUCACAGGAAUUCUUUUUCACCAAAAAUGGGGCACUAGUAGGAACAGUUUCUGGCGAAAAGGAAAUGAAGAGUCGCUUAUUUCCUACAAUUGCCGUUCACAGCCAAAAUGAGGAGGUUCAUGUCAACUUCGGGCAAAAGAAGUUUGCUUUUGAUCUGAAGGAGUACGAAGCUCAAGAGAGGUUGAAGCAGCAGAUGACUAUUGAAAAGAUAGCUCUACCACCGAAUAUUAGUUAUGGACUUGUUCGCUCCUACUUGCUGCAUUAUGGCUAUGAAGAUACACUUAAGUCAUUUGAUUUGGCUAGUAAAAGCACUAUCCCUCCAAUCUAUAUAGCUCAAGAAAAUGGCUUUGAUGAGCAGGAUAUUGUGUAUGCACUAAAUCAGAGAAAGAUUCUACGACAGCUAAUCAGGAAUGGCAAGAUUGAUGCAGCAAUUAGCAAACUUCGUGAUUGGUAUCCCCAACUUGUUCAGGAUGAUAAAUCAGCUACAUGCUUUCUGCUGCACUGCCAAAAAUUUAUUGAAUUGGUUCGGGUUGGAGCACUGGAAGAGGCUGUUAAGUAUGGAAGGAUUGAAUUGGCAAAAUUUUUUGAAUUGACAAAUUUUGAAUAUCUAGUGCAGGAUUGUGUUGCUUUGCUGGCAUACGUACGUCCACAGGAGUCCUCUGUUGGAUAUCUUCUUGAAGAGUCGCAACGUGAUCUUGUGGCAGACACAGUUAAUGCUAUGAUCUUGUCAACAAAUCCCAAUAUGAAAGAUAUGCAAGGCUGCUUACAAUCUUAUCUUGAGAGACUACUCAGGCAGCUAACUGCAUGCUGUUUGGAAAGAAGGUCAGCAAAUGGGGAUCAGGGUGAAGCAUUCCAUUUGCAUCGGGUUCUUAACAGUGGUGGAAACCUGAAGUGCUAGCCGAUAUAUGUAAAUUGCACCUCUCAUCUUUUUCUGUCCAUAUCACCUACACAUCUUUGCCUAAUUCCCUUUUCAAUUUACAAGUGAUUGCAUUUGGUUUUAGUGUCUGCUAUACAGAGUAGAGCACCCCCUUAGGGUUCCGACUUUCAAACAAAAACAAUUCUACAUUCUCUUGAAAGAUGGGGGUGUUUCUCCAUAUGCUUGUCACAAAACUUAUCCUUCAAAUGUGUUUGAAAUUUGCUGGAUGCAGAUUCCAAUGUGAAUAGUGUAGGAGAGACUGACUUGAAUGUGAUUAGGUCUAUUGACAUCCAUUGUCACAAAGUUGUAUGUGGAAGAUUACUACAAAUUGGCAUCAA